GACGUGACGCGAUCUCUACGCGACCAUAGAAAAUGUGCGCGCACCUUUGCCACUCGCUCUACGUAGUUCUAUGAAUCGUAUAGUGUGGUCGAGAGAUAACGUGGUUUUUUUGCCAGGAGGACUUGAUUGGAUUUUGGAGAGUUUUUGGGACUUUUUAGGAACGUUGUUGGUAGUUUGGUUGUGUUAGCUGGAAGUUAGACUGCUUUAGAUCUGUGACGAGUGAGAAGUGUUAGUAGUAGACGUAUAGAAGAGUGACAGUCAUCUUUAAUCUGAGGAUAUUUGAAGUGAAAUGGGAUCGUAAUGGACACCAGCAAUCCAGGAACAUUGAAUAGAAGAGGCCUGAAGAAUUUGACAGGUAUGAGGCGACAGAGAAGUCUUGAGUGGCGACAAGAUAGAGGUUAUAGUUCAAGCGACGAAGAUAUCACCACGAGACCAGUCGAUAGUCAACUUUUCGCUUCGCUCUUAGCUCAAGCCCAACAGGAAUACUCAUGUCUUGAACGAUCCUACAGAUCCGACGAAACCGAGGAUGCUGCGACAACAGACAACCCCACGACUCCGUUCCCCACACCGCCGCCCACGGCGGCAUCCCCCAGGUCCCCCGCUCCGCUGCAACUUCGACAAGCAUCUCCGUUUCCUUUGGAAAAUACCAAUAGCCGAAGAAUUCACUACGCCGCCCCCCAAGACAGACUGAGAGGAACGAACGGUGAAGCCAUCUACGCCAGCACUAAAAAAGCAAUGAUGAACAACACUCUGGGGCGUUCGGGACGAAGGAAAAACAGGGGGAUGACUUCAUCCAGCAGCGCCACCUCGUGCAAUAGCUGCAAUGAGAACAGGAACAGCAUUACGGGGCAGAGCGAGCUGUCGUUCCACGAUCCGCAGGAGAAUCUAGAUUUGAGCAAUGAUGGGGAGUCUCCUCCAGAACCUGCACCUCCUGAAAUCCCCCCUAGAGGGCCUUCGCUACACAAUGCAACACUUCGUAGAAGAACCGAAUACGCUCUUCCUGUAACAACAAAUAAUCAAAUCAACCAGGAUAAUUCCCAGUACAUCACUAAAGGGGAAUACGUACUGAGCAGCAACUCAUCAGGAUACCCGGUAGCAGUGAACUCCACGAAUCAAAUAAGACUUGGCACCGCCAGCAUUCAGCAGACUCAGCUGUCUCAGCAACUGGGCACCGGCACGGGUUCCGUAAGCGGCGCCGGUACCUUGCAGAGUUCCCACCAGCAGGCGCCGCUGGUGAUGCCAGUGUUUCCUCUGCGUCCUGCCCCCACCACUGCCUCUACACACUACUCUCCAUAUUCCCCGUCCAGAUUCCACAUUGACAAACGCUGCCAACACAGGUGCACCUGGAAAUGCCUCAGCAUCGGUCUGAUACUCUUGGCAGUCGCUCUGACAGCUAUGCUCGCCUAUUUUGCUGCUGUGAAUUCCAUGAAACCAAAUAUGGAUUCUUCGAACUGCAUUCUAGUCCAAGAUGUCAAGGACGUCACGCACGAUCACCAGACCCAGGGAUCGGUUUCAACACAGAUGCCAACAGAGGAAUCUCUUCCAACUAGCACAGCGGAGCACUCGAGCCCCUCGACGCAGUACAACUCGCUGCAGCCACCUCAACAGCGUAACAGUCAACCCCAAACCCAAUGGCCGCCGCUUCCACUGCUAGAGGAAAGGGAACUGGACACCCUCCACAUGGCUACCAUCCCUCCUUACCAGUUCUGGAACUCGGAGUUUCGGAACAAACAACCUGCCUUCAUCAGGUUCAACUUCACGCUGCCUUGGGGUGCCAACUUCGCGGUUUACGGGAGGAGAAACGUGGCACCUAGUGUUACUCAGUACGAUUUCGUCAAAUUUAUUAAGGGAGGAAGAAUAGACCAUCGUCUGCGCAAAAGGGAAGUCACCCUAGACGAUCUGAGAAGCUUCAAGACGCCCUACGCGAGUAGAUCGAGAAAAACGGACGUCUUGGACAGUAUCUCCAGCUCGUACGAAGGCACCAGGAAGAUCCUAGCGGAUUCGGAACCACCCAAGGGUCCGUUCUACGUCCCGCACAGUAUAAAGUGGAGCGUGGAGGAAGAUUCCACGGACCUGCCACACCCGACGAUAGAUCUGGGGGUGGAAAUCGACGAACACGUGAUAUCCAAGAGGGAAACUGAACUGUCAGACACUAAUAUGGUCAACAUCAGCUUAUUGCAGUACUUAGACACCGGGCGUUGGUUCUUGUCGGUUUAUAAUGAUGAACUGCAAGCUCAUACUGUGUCCAUGGUCAUUUCUGAGGCUGAAGGUGUUAGUACUACUUGUCCCAAUGAUUGUUCUGGACGUGGCUCGUGCUAUUUGGGAAAGUGCGACUGUAUUGAUGGAUUUCAGGGAAUUGACUGUUCGAAAAGUAUCUGCCCCGUCCUGUGUUCCGGCCACGGCCAAUACGGAGGCGGCCUUUGCCACUGCGAGCAAGGCUGGAAAGGCCCCGAAUGCGACAUUCCAGAGUCGGACUGCAGGGUGGCUGAUUGUUCAGGACACGGCCAGUGCGUCCGAGGAUCCUGUCGCUGCAGGGCCGGCUGGAAGGGAGAGAUCUGCGAUGAACCGGACUGCGAGGAUCCGACCUGUUCUGAACACGGUGCUUGCGUGCACGGCCAGUGCUAUUGCAAGGCUGGCUGGAAGGGCCCCCAGUGCGACGUCAUAGACGAGCAGGUGCACAAAUGUCUGCCCACUUGUUCGGACCAUGGUGUGUACGACCUGGAGAGCGCCAAGUGCAUCUGCAACAGGCAUUGGACCGGGCCAGAUUGUUCCCAAGCUCUUUGUAACCUGGAUUGUGGACCUCAUGGCAGAUGCGACUCUGGUAAGUGUCGAUGUGACACUGGAUGGACUGGAACCCGCUGUGACCAAUUGCCAUGUGACCCUAGAUGUCAAGAACACGGAGGCUGUAGAAACGGCACUUGCGUCUGCUCCCAAGGCUGGAACGGAAGACAUUGCACACUACCUGGCUGCGAAAACGGAUGUUCAGGCCAUGGUCAGUGCACCUUGGAGGAUGGCAUGUAUAUGUGUGUCUGCAUACAGGGCUGGGCCGGCUCUGAUUGCAGCAUCGCCCUGGAGAUGAGCUGCAAUGAUGAUAUCGACAACGACCAUGAUGGAAUGACAGACUGUUCAGACAGCGAGUGUUGCUCUCACGAUAGCUGCGACGACCACAUCAUGUGCCUCUCUAACAACGAUCCUGUCGAAGUCCUCCUCAGGAAGCAACCGCCAUCAGUUACCGCUUCCUUCUACCAGAGGGUCAAGUUCUUGAUCGAAGAGAACUCUGUCCAGUCUUACGCUCACAUGGACGAGUACACGGAAAGCGAGUUCUGGAACUCCUUUACACCGCGCCGUGUAGCAGUAAUGAGAGGUCAAGUGGUCACACCUCAAGGACUCGGAAUAGUCGGCAUCAGGGUUUCAGUCGACAGGGAAUCCAGACUGGGCUUCACGCUCACCCGACAGGGCGGAUGGUUCGACGUUUUGGUCAACGGAGGCGGUGCAGUGACUCUCCAGUUCCAAAGAUCGCCCUUCAAGCCACUCACUAGGACUGUCUUUGUGCCAUGGAACCAGAUCGUGAUCCUUCCUCCAGUUCAUAUGCAGCUGAAUGACGAUUCAGACGUUUCCAAUAUGCAUACAAGUUUCUUAGCCAGAAACCCAGCCAUCAACUUCCCGGGUGUUUCUCGUUCGUUCUUCGGACCAAAUGGAGAUGUGAUCGAGACCUGCGAAGACCACGAUCCUUUCGUCCUUUCGCCCAUAAUAACCAGCACAUGGAUGCCAGAAGUAGUCGGUGGUGUGCCUGGACGUUCAGUUAUAUUCGCCGAGACUCAGAUAGUGCAGGAAUCCAUUCCAAUCCCAGGAUCGGACCUGCACCUGAUGUACCAAUCCUCGCAAGCUAGCGGCUACUUGAGCUCCAUCUACAUGAAGUUGACCGGACCUUCCAUACCAGAUACAUUGACUCACGUUCAUGUUAGAGUGGAGGUGGAAGGUUCUCUCCACGUGAAGACCUACGAAGCAGACCCUAACCUCAUCCACACCUUCGCAUGGAACAAGAGGAACGUCUAUAAACAGAAGGUCUAUGGUAUAGUUUUGGCCAAAGUCUCCGUUGGUUACGAGCACUCAACAUGUCCGGAAUUGGUGUGGGAGACUCAAACAGCCUCUCUGAAAGGAUUCGACGUGGACAUUUCUGAUAUCGGAGGCUGGAGUUUGGACAUCCAUCAUCACUAUAACUUCCACGAAGGAAUACUGCAAAAAGGAGAUGGAUCUACUCUGCACUUCAAACAAUACCCAAGAACUGUACAGGUUGUUAUGGGAACCGGACUGCAAAGGCCACUAGAUUGUCCUGGCAGGUGCGAUGGUCCUGCGAAAGACAGCAAGCUUCUGACACCCGGUUCUCUAACCAGUGGUCCAGAUGGCAGUAUCUAUGUUGGAGAUUUCAACUUGGUCAGAAGGUUAACACCAGAAGGGAACGUCUAUACAGUGUUGCAAUUGAGUGCUACACAAGUGGCCUACCAAUACUUCCUAACUAUUUCACCAGCUGAUGGACACCUUUACGUUUCCGAUCCAGAAAAACAUCAAAUAUUAAAAGUCCUCUCCUUAGAUCCGGUACAAGAUCCGAGCAUCAACAGCGAACCGGUGGUCGGCAAUGGAGAACGCUGUAUCCCUGGAGACGACGCCCAAUGUGGGGACAGAGGACCGGCCAAGAACGCCAGAUUGGCCCAUCCUAAAGGCAUCGCCAUUGCUGCGGACAAGACUAUGUACAUCGCCGACGGUACCAACAUCAGGGCCGUGGAUCCCAAUGGUAUAAUUCACACGUUGAUCGGAAACCACGACCAUCACAACCAUUGGAGUCCCAUUCCUUGCAGAGGAGCCAUACCAGCCAGUCAGACGCAGCUUCAAUGGCCCACCGGUCUCUCUCUGAGUCCCUUGGACGGAUCUCUCCACUUCUUCGACGACCGCCUGGUCCUCAAACUGACUGCAGACAUGAAGGUCAAGGUGGUAGCCGGCAUCCCCCUCCACUGCCACAAGGAAGACAACGCCACCCGCGUCAACAACGAGAACAUCCUAGGAACGGUCUUAGCCUUGGCCUUCUCCCCUCUGGGAGAGCUCUACGUAGCAGAAGCCGACACCCACAAGGUCAACUACAUAAGGGUCAUCGACUCCGCUGGCAAGAUCACCCAUUUCGCCGGCAAAGUCCAGGACAAGGACAGGGCCAACUGCGACUGUUCUUCCAAUCUAACAACGGCAAGUCCAAGCAGAUCCGCGCACGACCCCGCCAUCCCCUGCGUGUGUCCCCCCGUCGACGAGUUGACCAGCAAUGCGGAGACGCUCCUGUCCUCCAACUCCAAGUUUCAGGCCAUAUCCGCCUUGACGGUCUCGCCGGACGGCGUUCUCCACGUGGCCGAUCAAGGUUCCUUGCACAUCUUGGCCCUCCAGCACUACCUGCCCCAGCACGACGAGAACGGCGAGUUCAGGAUACCCUACCCGCCCUCUGGGGAGAUCUACGUGUUCAACAGGUACGGUCAGCAUGUGACCACGAAAGACCUGGCGUCGGACAAGACCAGAUACUCGUUCUUGUACUCGAAGAAUACCAGUUUCGGGAAGUUGUCGACGGUAACGGAUAGUUCGGGCAACAAGAUACAGUUCCUGAGGGACUACAGCAACAUGGUAUCGUCGAUAGAAAACACGCAGGAUCACAAAUCAGAGCUGAAGAUCUCAGGCGUGGGCUAUCUGGUGAAGCUGUCCGAGAGAGGCCGUUCCGAGAUCGAGUUGGACUACGAUAUGAAUUCUGGGUUGCUGACCAGCCGAUCUGGGGGUGGAGAAACUUUCAUUUACCACUACGACUGGAUGGGUAGGGUUGUUAACGUGAUACUACCCUCUGGAGAGACCCUAGAGUUGUCUUCGGAGAUAUCGGACAAAGAAGGCUUCGAAGUUUCGGUCAGUAAACCUUCCUCCAAACUCACCAUUACGGAUGAGGCGAACAAGAGGGUCAUCCUACGAAACGGAGACGAAGUCACCACUGCUCAGAAAUUCUUAAAUUCGACCCUGCAUUCAACGUCCCCUUGGGGCAGUCAGAUGCAGAUGUCUGCCCUUGCCAAACAUCCCCUACUGGAGGCGUCCUUACCGGUGGAAGCUGAGAUGCUGCCCGUUUGGUCUCAACAGAGCGUGUCUUUGGGAGAAGAUAUAACCAACACGAUGUCCUUGAAGUUUAGCCUGGUUGGAGACGUGAGGAACCCUCAGCAGACCCUGUGCAAGGAGAUAUUCGUCAAUAAUUCUAAGGUAUUGGGGAUCGAGUUCGACCAAUUCACUAGCAAAGAAAUCUUCUACGACCACGACAAGACGCCCAUCUUGACCAUAAGCUACGAUCCUUCUGGGCUUCCUCUCUCCUACAAACCGCACAAUGGAGCUGAUAGCGUCAAUAUGACGUACGAUAAUUUCAACAGAAUCCACUCAUGGAAAUGGGGCAUAUCCGAGCUCAAGUACAGUUAUGAUCGUCAUGGACUCCUGUCCGAAAUCACCAGUUCGCUGGACGGCACCCAAACCUUCACCUACAACAGCUGGAACCUUCUCUCCAAGAUAACUCUAGCCAGUCAGAGGAGUUUCUCCCUGGUCUACGAUGAAGAUGGACGUUUAAGACACGUGGUCCUGCCAAGUGGUACCAGGCAUUCUUUCAGCCUUCAGCCAUCCAUAGGUUUCUUGAGGGUCACGUAUACCCCACCUGAUAGCACUCGGUUCUACCUUCAGCACUUUUCCCAUUCCGGCCAAUUGCUGCAGACAGUUUUCCCUGGAGAUGGAGCUAGAGUAGUGUACAGGUACUCAAACGACGGAAAGCUCAAAGAGGUCGUCUACGGAGACGGCAAAGUGGUAUAUCAUUACUCAGAAGUGACGGGCUUACCAAGCCAAGUAUCUCAUGUCGAAAACGACCUGGAAUACCGCUGGGACUUCCAAUACACCAGAGGACUUCUGAUGGAAGAAAGGAUCGACUUUGGCGCUAAAACGGCACUAAGCAACGCGAAGUUCACCUACGACUACGACAAUAAUUUUAGACUGGUAUCAGUUCAGGGUAGAAUAGGCGGCCAGAACCUCCCGCCUCACAGUUUGGCCUACAAUUUCAAAACUGGAGGUUUGCAGAACGUCGGACCGUUCACCAUCAACAAGUCCAAACCCAACGAAACGCUGGUAUUGGACAAGAAGGCGACGUUCUCGAGACACACGAAUUCCAGGUUUUUAGAGACCCAGGUAUCUCUCACCAUCCACAAUAUGGAGGUGUUCAGGAUGGAGUUCAGUCAUGACAUGCACGGUCGAAUUUCUCAGACGAGAACUUAUACAAGAAACGUAGGGGUGAAUUCAUACACAAACGUGAAGAACUAUACGUGGGAUUGUGAUGGACAACUUUUGGGUGUGGAAGCUCAAGAACCUUGGGGAUUCAGAUAUGACGACAAUGGAAAUAUGCUAUCUUUAACUUACAGAGGUAACAUAAUACCGAUGGAAUACAAUUCGCUAGACAGGAUAAUCAAGUUUGGCGAAGGACAAUACAAAUACGACAAUAGGGGAUUGGUAAUACAAAACGCGAGAGAAGAAAAGUUCCAUUACAACUCCAAGGGAUUGCUGAUAAGGGCGACCAAAAGAGGACGUUUCGACGUCAGAUACUUCUACGAUCACUUAGAUAGGUUGUCGGCAAGGAAGGACAACUACGGCAACGUGACCCAGUUCUUCUACCUGAACCCGGAACGUCCAAGGGAGGUCAAUCAGAUCUACUCCCCAAGAGACGGCAAACUGAUGUCCUUGGUCUACGACGACAGAGGUCAUCUGAUCUACGCCCAGUUCUACCGUCACAAAUAUUACGUGGCCACGGAUCAGUGCGGUACCCCGGUGAUGAUCUUCAACCAGUACGGUGAGGGCAUAAGGGAGAUUAUGAGAUCGCCGUACGGUCACAUCGUCUACGAUUCAAAUCCGUAUCUCUAUCUGCCGAUAGAUUUCUGUGGGGGUCUUCUAGAUCAGGUCACUUCGUUGGUGCACAUGCCUAACGGAAAGGUGUACGAUCCCUUGAUAGGACAGUGGAUUUCUCCGCUUUGGGAGAACGUGUUGGAGAGGGUAGCUACCCCGACUUUGCUGCACUUGUACAGGUUCAACGGGAACGAUCCGAUAAAUAUGGGUAUCAACAGAAAUAGACCACGAAACCACAUGGACUGGUUCAACAAGCUCGGUUACAACCUGAAGAGCCUAGCACCACAACUGUUUCCCGAUGAAAUACCGGGCGGUAAAAACCCGCCGCUCGUAACCAGAUCGGCCACCUUCUGGAAUCCAUCAAAAGAAUCCGUGAUCAGCUCGAUCCAACUGACUUCGACGGACGUCCAGUCCGGCUUCUUGGCCCAUCUGAACACGAGGAAAAUGAGCACGGCCGAAGAACAAUCCUCUCCCACGAAAUCCGCCCUGAAAUCCGACGUGAUGGAUAUGAAACUGGCCAAAAUUGGCGCUGCGUCCGAACCACCAUUCGGAAAGGGCAUUUUGGUAUCGAGGACCACCGAUAACCAAGCUGUAGUAUCCAGCGUUCCCGCCGCCAACGCCAUCUACAAGGACGUGUAUACAUCGGUGUUUAACAGGUCGUAUCUGCUUCCGUUUUCAUUCGUUGUGCACAACGCGCAACAAGACGCUUUUUACUUCGUCAAGGAGGAAGUCUGGAAGGCCAGCGACGACAAGGGGCAGCUGAAGAGGCUGCAGGGCCAGGUGAACACCACGUUCCACGAAAGCAAUAAGGAGAACGGAAGCGGAAACAACUACUUCGACGUCAAGAUCCACGGGGCCAACGCGGUGGUGAAUUUGAGGUAUGGCACCACGAUAGAGAAGGAAAAGCAGCGUUUGUUGCACCAUGCCAAGUUAUCCGCUGUCAGGAAAGCUUGGCACAGGGAGAAGGAGAUUUUGAAAGCGGGAUUCACAGGGUCUUUGGAUUGGACGGCGAACGAGAUGGAAGAGAUACUGAAGAUCGGCUAUUUGACCAAUUAUGAAGGAAAUUACGUACACGACGUGCAGGUGUAUCCGGAACUGGCGGAGGAUCCGUACAACAUCAGGUUCGCGAAGAAGCAGGGCGAGUCUUCGAAGAAGAGGAGGAAAAAGAGAGAGGCGAAGAAGAAGGUGUGCCAGGAUAAAUGGUGGUUCUCUUGGAGGGAAGAAUGCUAGUGCGAUACGGACUUCAAACCGAAGAUGUAUUCAAUUAACUAUGUGUGAUGAUGUACCAAUACCAAGAAGAAUUAAAAAAAAAAAAAUAACUCGUCGCAUCGGCGGCGGGACCUUUUAUACCAAAAAUACCAAAGUCUAUUUGUGUAUGUAUUUCAAGAUGCCAAAAAUGUAUAAUUAUUUAUUUACCGAUAUGUUACCUAUAUAUGUAUGUGAUUUGAACGCUGGCGCUGAUCGUUGUCCUGAAAAAACCGUUUUUUAUAUACUUUUAAUAAUGACUGAUUGUAUCGGGGAAGCGAUCUGUGUUCGGCUUCUUGUAAAUAUUAUAUUCAUCGAUAAAUCUUCUAUCGUGAACACUGCAGAUUAUUUCGAGAGUGGACGGUCGUAUUGGAGACGAAGAAUGGGAUUCCACAUCAAUGUUAAAAUUUCACAACGAAAUCGAGAAGUGAAAAGAAAUUCAAUUUGAUAUUAAAAAUUAUUUAUUCAGUCAAAUAGUGAGUUUGUGUCUUCAGUUUCUUUGAAUCUUCAUUUCAUAAUACGCCUGGUUUGUUUUGUACUGUUAUUUUCAUGAAAACUAGCACAUAUAAAAAAAUAUCUUGAAAAAUUUCAUGAAGCAAGAACAUAUUAUUAUGAAAAAAAAUUUAUUAUUGUUUAUAUUUUCCUUAACUUUGUGUAGCAUGGAGUUUUGUAACAUAUCAAUGAACAGAAGUGUUUUCACCCGAUUUUCUAUAUUUUCUGAUAAAAUCAGAAAUACAAUAUCUCCAAAGAAUAAGUCACUUAUUAUUAGUUUCAGUAUUGAAACUUUUCUUUUCGAAAUGCACAAAUCGAUUGGAAUUCCAUUUGAAGUUCCCACUUUCACAUUUCAGAAAAAAAGGAGCUGAAGGUUGGCAUUACCUUCAAUUUUCUCCUAUCGUGAGAGGACAAUUGAGAUUCGAAUAAAAUACUUGUAAAUAGAAGUCCAGUUACCUUUUUAAUGAUUUUAAAAAUUUAAAAGAUCGAAUUUAUCUUAGAUAGGCGAGAAAUUGAAUUAUUAUUGUAUGUUGUGUUGCUUUACUUAAAAGAUAUCAUUGUGACUGAGCCAUGUUUUAUAGUGAAGCAAAUUUAUCUGCUACGUACCUUGCGAUUUACGAUUAAGACACUAAAAUUCUUAUUUUGUUACAAACGAAUCAGAAAUCUAUAUAUUUUUACUUCGCCUGCUACAAAUAUCUUGAUAUUUUAAGUGUGCUAUAUAUCAAUUUCCUACUGUUGAACGUUAUUUGAUCUAUAAGAAUCAAAUGUCUUUUCCAAACAUUACUCAUUGAAGAACUGAAAACUCCGAAUUAAGUUUUUCACAAAAGUUCCGAUCUCACGAAUAUUAAAAAUUCAGGAGGGAAAUAACAUAAUUAUGAUGGUUUUUCUGAAAUGAGUAAUGUUUUUGAACAGGAUCCCACGACUGUAAUGGUUUAAUGUUAUUAUCUGUGUUACCCCAAUGGAAAUGUAAAUCUUGCUGGUAUAUAUAAGAAAUAUGUUACCUAUGUCAUUUUGUAAUUUUGUUUCUAGACAAAAUUAUUUUCCUGAAGCUGAUAUUACUACUUUAUUUUUUCUUAUAAAUAUUAUGAAUGUUUUAAAUAAACACAUUGUUUUUUAAAA